AUGCAGGACCAGGGAGACACCUGGAGAUUCGAUCUGGGCGAUGGAGAUUCGAUAGGUGGAAACGGCCACGCGACCGACCAGCCAACAAGUCGCACGUCGACCACAACGCGCGUGUUCACCACGAGGACUUCGACGACCUCGACCACUUCGACCUCAAGCAGCUCGGUCACGGGCACACGCACGUCCACGAGUUCUUCGAGCAACUCCUGGGGUGCUUGGAGUGGAACUGGUGAUAUGACAGUGGUGUGGAUGGUGGCCUCCGGUGCCGCUGGGCUUCUGGUCCUGAGCUUGUCCUUCUACCUCUUUGGGUGUGGCUGCUGCCGCAGUCAGAAACCGACCAUCUUCCCGUUGAAUGAGCAGCGACUCUGGGAACCUGCUGGGCCUCUCCUGCUGCCCAAGCGUCCGUUCCUCGCGGAGGACGCCGACCCCGAAGAUCCAGCACCGCGGCACGAGCACUCCGUGCGGGUGGCGAUCACGCUGGCCGUGAGCGAUGGGGACCAUGGAUGGUGGCCCAUUCCACUGCAGCUGCGGAGGAGGAACACACGAAGGCAUUUGAUGGACGGCUACUGGCGCAGCUUCGGCCAUGGAGGCCUUCCGGCGUUGGUGGCAUUGCCCAGGUGUGGGCCGCCCAAGCAGCCACAGGACAUGCCGCUCCCGCCCCUCGCCCUGCCUCCCGCGCCGGCUGCGCCCGCGAUGCACCGAGCACCGGCGCCCGCGGCGCCGCCCAUCCCAGCGCCUCGCGGGGCGUUGCGGCGCCCGGCGCCGCGGCGAGCGGUGGCGGAGGGAUCUCCGUCGAUCGAAGGGCCCGAUUUGAGGACUUUUGGGCUGAGGACUGUGGAGCUCCUACGGUUUCUUCCUGGACCAGUGCGCGAGGUCGACACGCCCUUUCGCACCGUUGGACCGCAGCUCCCCGCCCCGCCCUGGCCCGGCUGGCCGGGUCAGCGGCCCGAGCGGACCCGGCGCUGGGCGGAGGAGGACGGGGCGCGGGGCGCGAGGCGGCUGCCGCCCAUGCCGCCGACGCCCCGGAGCCAAGGAGAAUUGCCCAGUACCUUGGGCGGGCCUUGGUGGACGGCUGGGCAUCGGCGCCAGACGAACCCGUAUUCCCCUCGUUGGACCGGGCUGCGCCGUGGUGGUCCCGGCCCGGCCUCCUACGAGCCCGAGCUGAGCAAUGUCUAUGGGGCGGAGCCGGCGGAGCAGUGCACGGCUGCCACACAAACAGAGGUUCCCGGUCCUGAGCUCCAAGAGACCUCUGUGCAGACGGAGGAGAGUGCACUCCACGCGGAGGCGAAGCCGGCAGAGAAGACAGAUCCGCCACAAGAACUGCUGAGCGAGAAAGACCAGGAAGGUGCUUGGGUGACACGCGUGCGGCGGAUGAUGGACCAGGAGUCGCAGAUCUUCGGGCGCUCCAAGGCGAUGAGCCCGGCGGCCUUCGCCAAAGCCUUUGAGCACCUGCGCCCCAAGAGGCCGUCGUUGCCGCCCUUGGACUUCCGCAAGGUAAGUCAUGCUGACUCAGGAGGUUACGACUUCUCAGCGAGCCCCGCGCGCGCCAGCAGCGAGGGAUACCUGGGCACCACCGUGGCGGGGACCGUGGGUACCACCACGGUACCUGGUCGGUGGAGCGGACUGCCGCUGCAUUUGGACUCCCCAGAGGCGAAGUACCAAGCCUUUGUGCGCAAGAUCCGGGCAAAGCACCUGGAGCCACCAAAGGAGUCGCCAUACUUGAACCCCUUGGUGCUGGCGCCGUUGAAAGAUCACUUUGCAUUGAAAAAGAAGAAGACGCCGAGCCUAAGGAGUUCCAAGAGCGAGGCCAGCUGGGAAAUGCCCAUCAUGGAGCAGCUCCACUCGCAUUUUCACCAUCACUUUCACCUUCGCAACGACCACCCUGCCAUGUCCGAAGCACGCUGA